UGAAAUAUGACUGCACAUGGAAUAGUGAAUAAAACGAGUAGAAAAGGUUGCAAAGGAUCCAACCCUCGAGUUUUUCAGUGUGAAAGAGGCGGCCAAAGGGAACAGCUCAGCCUCACCGCCUUUGUACGGGAGCCGCAGCUCAAUGACAGAGCCCGGCUAACUUCACUGGAGCCGCAGGCCGGGGCUGCUCGGUGCAGUAAUGACGGCACGGUGGGACAAGCUGGGCUGCACGGCUCCGGCUGCUGCAGUUCAGAAGCCUGAGAAUUACGGCAGGAGAAAAGCGCCUGGCAGAGCGGCCCCUGCCCUCGCUCUCCCCGUGCCCUGUGCGGGAUGAUGUUCUCUCCCCCUCACCAACAGGAGAACACAAUGCGGUUACUGCUGGGUUUUAGUAAACAGUCCGAGGCAGAGCUGAUCCGGUUCCACACCUACUGCUUUUAGCCACACCUCACAAUUAUAAUAUGAAAAGAGAAGAAAAAAAAGAAAGAAAACAAGCAAAAGGAAUCUGGUAUGUGGCUGCGAUUCCAAAUAAUAACAACAGUGUGUGCAGGCUCAUAAAUGCUUCAGAAUUGACCAAGAGGAAGCACGUUUCACGAUGACACAAUCUUGCUGUAGUCAUUCAUCGAAGGGAACUCCCACAGGAAAAGGCAUAAAGCCGCUUAGGGAAGGCUAAGGAGCUGCUCAGCGCGAGUCAGUCAAACAUUGGGUUAGAUCCGUAACGGAGCUAAACAUGAGUACCAGCCAAGGCCCUUUCCAGUUUUUUUCUGGGUCCCUCAGGGGUAGUGCAGGGUGUGGUUUGGCCCAGCAAGGAACUUCUUACCGACCUCCAAGUGCAGACGGUGCUGCCAGCGGCACACACACCUCGCUCUCCUCCGCCAGACCCCUCUGUCUGGCUGCCGGAGGAGGGGCAUCCUGGGGAUGCUUCGGCGAGCGCCCCUGGGAAAGCAUCUUCCUGGGUGGGAAUGAGAAACAGACUAUGCAAAACCUGAAUGACCGUUUAGCUGCCUACCUGGACAAGGUCCGCUCCUUAGAAGCAGCCAACGCUCAGCUCGAAAGCUGCAUCCUAGAGUGGCACAGGACAAAGUCUCAUGGAAAGAGGCAUGACUUCAACCAGUACGAGCAAAACGUCACUGACAUGCAAAGACAGAUUGAGGAUGGCAAGAUCACCAACGCCAGUAUCCUCCUACAAAUCGAUAAUGCUAACAUGGCCUCUGAAGACUUCAGGCUCAAGUAUGAAGCAGAGAAGGCUCGGAGGCAGGGAGUGCAGUGCGAUGUUGAGAACCUGCGCAAGGAGCUCGAUGGCCUGACCAUUGUUACAACAGAUCUGGAAAUGGAAAUUGAAGGCUUGAGAGAAGAACAUAUCCUCAGGAGGAAAGACCACGAGGAGGAUAUGGAAGCAAAUCGCUCAUCGCAGGACUUCAAAGUCAAUGUAAAAGUAAACGCGCCACCUCCUGAAGACCUAGCCAAGAUUCUAGCAGAAAUAAGAGAAGAUUACGAAGCCAUAAUUGAAAAGAAUCGCCAAAGCCUUGACAGUUGGUACAAAGAACUGAGCACGGCUGUGUCCCUGGCAGCAGUUCCUAAUCCGGAACAGAUAGAGAGCAAUGAGAACGAGAUCAAGGAUCUAAGACGGACUCUGCAGUCCCUGGACAUCGAGCUGCAGGCGCAGACGAGUAAGAAACACAUGCUGGAAGACACCUUGGCUGACACUCGCAGUUAUUAUGCUGUCGCACUUCAAAACAUGCAGCAGAUCAUCUCCAAAUGUGAGGAAGAGCUAAGCCAGCUUCGUCAUGACAUCAGGCAGCAACAUAACCAAUACAGGGUUCUUCUUGGGAUUAAAACGCGCCUGGAGAAGGAAAUUUCCACUUACCGCCUGCUGCUGGAAGGGAAUGUGGACAGUAUCAUAAGAACACGUGAAUCAAAAGCUGAAGAACACGCUGAACUGACCAAUGGAAAGAUCAAAGCAAUUGUGCAUGACAGCGUGAAUGGGCAGCUGGUGUCCUCCACCAUCAACGAGAUCUACCAGCAAGACUGAAGGAGAACGUUCUGCUAGCUCCUGCGCUCCUGGCGAGCUGCUGCGUGGCCUCUGCUGGCUCCUCUGCACCUGCCAGCUGUGUGCUGGUCCCCGCUGUGUCACCUGGGGACACGCCAGUGUCACUCCUAAAGCGAUCUGCAGCCUAACAAAGUGCCACGGAGAGCUAGGCAGAGCUGGUGUUGUUAAAGAGCUUUUAGUCAUCAAAAUGCUGGAGCCAAACUACUCAAUGAAGAUGACUGUCUGAGCUGGUAAUAUAUGUAUUAUGCACGCCUCACUGGGGCACGAAUCUCCAUCUGUGGUUCAUUUACUGCUCUGCAAAUUAACUAUAAUUUAAAGUGAAUAAUCUCUUACUUUUUCUCCUUGUCUCAUGUCUCUUACCGUAUACCUCACUGCUGCCAAUAAACUCUUUUCCAUUACUUGUA